AUGUUCAGGCAAGUGGUUCGACCGUUGCAACGGGUAAGAUUCUACUCGACGGAGCCACCUUUGAUGGCCGAGGUGAGAAACUCACUCAAGGCAGCCAUGCGAAGUGGUGACAAUGUGGGCAAGACCACUAUCCGUGCGGUUAUGGCCGCAGUCAAGAACGCCAACAUUGAGAAACCUGACUCGGUUUCCACUGAUCUUGGUCUGCAUAGUUUGCUUAAUUCCUUGAUUUCGAAACGCGAAAAGUCUAUUGAGGAGUAUAUUAAAGGCAAGCGCGAAGAUUUAGCUGACGGGGAACGGGCUGAGAUUAAGGUGCUCGAGGCUCUACAGUCCAAGAUCCCUGUGGCUAGCAGCGAGGAAAUUGACGCCAAGGUUAAAGAAUUUAUCGAUGGGCUUGGUGUUGAGGGCAAAGUCCCCAUGGGCAAAGUUCUGUCCCAGCUAAACUGGCCUGAGGUUGAAGCGAACUGGAAAGCUUCACAAAAGUCCGUCGUCGCUUCGGUCAAGCGUGUUCUUGGUGCCCGAUCAUUUUCAACCAGUGCUCGUCAACUCAGCCAUGAAAACCCAUUGGGUAUCCCCCGUAGAAGGCACAAUCAGCCGAUAAUAUCGAAACAAAGAAUAAGGAAUGUGAAAAACAUUCUUUUAGUAUCGAGUGCCAAAGGAGGAGUGGGAAAAUCUACGGUGGCUGUAAAUUUGGCUUUGGGACUCUACAUGCAAGGUUACACCACCGGAGUUCUUGACGUAGAUAUUUUUGGACCGUCUAUUCCUACGCUUUUGCAAUUGGACGGAGAACCUAAAAUCACUGCCGAAGGAAACCUUGUGCCUCUAAUGAACUACGGAAUCAAGGCCAUGUCUAUGGGAUUUUUGGUUCCUCCGCAGCGUGCAGUGGCUUGGCGCGGGCUUUUAGUGCAAAAGGCUUUGCAGCAGCUACUUUUUGAGGUCGAUUGGGGGGAGCUCGAUUAUCUUGUUAUUGAUAUGCCGCCCGGCACGGGUGAUGUACAGCUCACCAUCGCCCAGCAGUUGGAGGUUGAUGGCGCUAUCGUUGUUUCUACACCGCAAGACAUCGCGCUUAUCGAUGCGGUGCGUGGAAUUGAUAUGUUUAAUACAGUUAAGAUUCCGAUAUUGGGAUUAGUACAGAACAUGUCGGUGUUUGUUUGUCCGCAUUGCGCCGGUACAACGCAUAUAUUCGGGCAUGAUGGCGCAGUGAUCGCGGCUGAAAAACGUGGCAUCACCGUACUGGCAAGUCUGCCUUUGAGCUCUGAUAUUGCGCAGGGUGGUGAUGGCGGCCUGCCAGUUGUUUUUGAAGACCCGAAACAAAGUCCGAGUGCGAAAGCCUAUUUAGACCUUGCAUCAACUGUUAGUGCCCAGCUGCAUGAAAUGCAGGUGGCAGCAUGA